UUCCAGUGUUGUACCACUAAUCACACAUCUCACCACAGCAAUUAGGAUAUUACGUCAUCAUGAGUCUGUCUCCAGUCGAGCAACUGCCUCUCGAACUCCUCCAAGACAUCUUUCUCCAAUCCGGGCCAAACCUCGCGCUCCCCGCCGCAUCCCACCACAUCGCCGCCAAGCUCUCCAACGACUACUGCUACCAUGCCACAUGCACAGAAUACCUCACCCAAAAUCUCGACUCACGAGUGGAGCAGUCCCGAGCCCAGACGCGCAUCUUCUCAUACAAAUGGAUGACAUGGGAAUACUUCCAAGCAUUCGUGAAUAAGACCUACGCGAGUUGCGGGUGUCUGUGUGGCAAGACACAAGACGAAGGCUGCUUCGACCCCAUCUGGCCUCCAGACUUCCAAGAUGCAACCAACAUGGUCUUCAGCCGAAGCCAUCUACCUGCUCUGUCGUUCAUCAAGUGUCGUCUCCCCGUUAAGCUGCUUCAUGGACCGUGGGAAAGGUCGAAAAUUCACUUCCUUCGAUUCUUGCUCUGGACAACCUCCAUGACGGUGGACUGGGGCAACCACGACGCUCGGAAGCUUGCUCUCGAAGGAAAGAAGCAGGCUAUACUUGACCGGAAUCUAGAGGUGGUGGAGCUCUUCAAUCACAAUCGUCGGCUUGGCAAGGCCCCUGGCCUCGACAUGGUGCGCUUCACCGUUAUUCAAGGCGGGUGUGACCGGUCCAUUGUCUACGACACCAUGUCCACUGCACGCACUUGGGGUUUGAGGGGAGAUGGGUGGAGGGAUUUGAAGUUGGAUCAGUGGUGCAAGCAGAAGAUCGCAGAGGGCGAUCCGAAAGGAAAAUGGCUGAAACUGAAAUUAGAAGAACUGAGGACAACCCAUGGUCCUGUAGGAAUUGCAGAGAAUGGAGGCGAGACGGAGCCACGAGCCAUCUUUGGUUACAUGCAUCCGAAGUCUGGGGAUUAUGAUAACGUGGAGGGUGAUAAGCUAGUCAUCACACCACAUAAGUGGAAUCAGUUGUGCGCCGAGGGUGGGUUAUAAUCAGCAGGAUAUGGGACAUUGAGCCGGCCUAUUGGAGCCUUCAUCACCUCAUCACAUGGAGGGCUGAACGGCCCUAUUCUGGUCGGCUACCGGAUGGCAUCCCUAUGGUUCCCGACGUGCCAGUCUAUGUUUACAUGAGACACGCUUGGGAAGCCAGGAUAACGGGUGGAUUUUGGAGUCACCUGGCUCCAAGCAGUCGUCGGUGAAAGGCUAUCCAGCGUUUUGAUGCUUUCUAGGAUUGGUAGGCG